UCUCUCUCUCCCUCUCUCUCUCACCCUUUGUAUACUCUUAUACAUAUAUACGUGCGGUAAUCAUGAAUGAUUUAUAAUCUUUUUGAAUGAAUGCAUGAGUGGUCCUGAGUUUUGCAGUUGACGAGAAUAGCGUUCAACAGAAAUUGCUUUCUGGUAUCUGCUAAAUAUUCACGAAGUUAGGUGUAUCUACAGCUAUUGAAGCUUAUCGGUAAAUUCCGUAUUGCUUAUGUUGCAACUUUUUUUAUUCAUCACCAUUUUAAUUUACUUUCCUAAAAAAUUCAUACUUUGGGCUACACUGUAUGUAAGGCGAAAAAUUUAAAAUUUUGGCGAUUUCCUUCAAAAUAGGUUUUAUUAGUUUCGACGUAUUUGGUAUGAGAUUAAAAAAGUAAAAUCGAGUUAUUUUUCAGGUUCAGUACUAUUCAAUUUUUGUGUUUUGUUUUUUCUUACGGAACAUCUUGCUGCAUUUUUUACUUGUGAGAAAAGUAGACGAGCAAAAAGCCGAGCGGUAAGACUAACGCAGCUAUUUACCAAUACUAUGGCUCCUACCAUAUGUUCUGGGAAGAAACAACCAAGCCGCACACUUAGAAACGAUAUUAGACGUCGUAAUAAUUCAUCAAAUGCAGUGCCUUCAAGUGUCUUCAAUUACAUAAUGAAAAGUUCUUUCAAACCCCGUGAGGCUGCUGCAUUGGGCAUUUCUUCGAGCAGCGCUUUGCAAGCUUAUCCAUCUGUGCAAUCAAUUAAUAGUCGAUUGACUAAAAUUUAUUCAACACAACAAAUAUCCGACAAAGUUGUGUCUUCUACAACACAUAACGAUGAAAGCGAUAAAGAUAAUGAUCUAAACGGGAGCUUAACUAAUGAGUAUUCAUUAUCAUCGAGCUUAUCUUCGAUAAGAACUGUAUCCUCAACGUCAACCUCUAGUUUAUAUUCGUUUGGAAGAAGAAACUCCGAUACAUCGCAAAGUCAAAUGUCAUCACGUGAUGAUUGUGAUGCGAAUGAGCAUAGCGACGUGCAACAACAUUUCCGUGGCGAUAAUAGCAGCAUUCUUCAGGCUAGCAAUGAUGAAAAUGACGCCGACAAUGCAUAUAGCGAUGAGAAUGAUAAGGAAAGUAAUGAAGAUGACAAUUACAGCAAUCGCAAUGAGCGUGCUAUAUCUUUCAGGAAUGAUGCCAUUAUUAUUGACAAAGAGCACAUCAUGAAUGUAGAAUGUGUAGCAUUAGAGAGACUAGAUAGCUCGAAAGAGAAUCAAAAAUUUCGCCAACAAAUAAGGAAACCAUUUCGUUUAUAUCAGAAUACCAAACCUUUAGCUGAAAUUCGAAACACCGAAGGUUUAUUAUCAAUUGCCAUAAAGACCAUAAAGUUAGUAAAGCGUAAUCAGUUACUGCAACAGCGCCUAAACCAACUGCAAAUGGAGACGUCAGAAUUUAUACAGUCCGUUCUAAAUAAUCCGGAAAAUAGACACUUUCGCGAAAAAAUCCAACAGAAGGUGGCGAACAUUGAGAAUGCUUGAAAAACUUGAAAAUGUUGAUAAACAUUGUUCCCGACAUGGCAUGAUGCUAAGCAUGAAAGCACAAUUUCUAAAAACUUGCAACCAAAGCUAAGGUAUCUAAGACAAUUACACUGAGAAAUUCUUCAGUAGAAUAAAUUUUUAGGCGUAUGUUUUCAUAUUUUGAGUCCAUCCUUCGGAUUUAUCAGAAAACACAAACAGCCUGUUCUGUUAAAUAUAAAUAUACCGUUUUUUCCUUUUUUUUUUUUAAUAUUUAGUCUGACAAAAAUUUUUGCGGGCUGGAAUAUCCUUCUUAUUGAUCGGAAAAUAUAGCCAUAAGGAUAUCCCUAGUCAAUUAUUUAAGUAUUCUCAAAAGAGCGUAACACAAACAAAUCAGUUGUAUGCGAAUAGCGAGAGGUAAUCUCUUUUAGACAAUUUAUGAAACGGUAAUAAAAUGGAAAAUUGCGUUUAUGAUGAUGAUGGAUGGAGAUUUAAAAUAACUUAUGGCUAAAUCAUAUUACAGAACUGAUUAUUUGAUAAAUCUAUAUAAAAUAUACAUUAACUGUUAAACAGAGCUGUAAAUCUUAUUGUAUCUACAUCUUAAGUGUGCAACACAAGAAAAUAUUAAUAUAUGUUACAUAAAUAAUAAAUAAUAAAACACAAACAAAUAAAAAAUCAAGUGCGUU